AUGCUGUGGGUCACUCACUCACUCACUCAUGCUGUCACUCACUCACUCACUCAUGCUAUCAGUCACUCACUCACUCAUGCUGUCAGUCAGUCACUCACUCAUGCUGUCAGUCACUCACUCACUCAUGCUGUCAGUCACUCACUCACUCAUGCUGUCACUCACUCAUGCUGUCAGUCACUCACUCACUCAUGCAGUCAGUCACUCACUCACUCAUGCAGUCACUCACUCACUCACUCAUGCUGUCAGUCAGUCACUCACUCACUCAUGCUGUCAGUCACUCACUCACUCACUCAUGCUGUCAGUCACUCACUCACUCAUGCUGUCACUCACUCACUCACUCAUGCUGUCAGUCACGCACUCACUCAUGCUGUCAGUCACUCACUCACUCAUGCUGUGGGUCACUCACUCACUCACUCAUGCUGCCAGUCACUCACUCACUCAUGCUGUCACUCACUCACUCACUCAUGCUCUCAGUCACUCACUCACUCAUGCUGUGGGUCACUCACUCACUCACUCAUGCUGUCAGUCACUCACUCACUCAUGCUGUCACUCACUCACUCACUCAUGCUCUCAGUCACUCACUCACUCAUGCUGUUAGUCACUCACUCACUCAUGCUGUCAGUCACUCACUCACUCAUGCUGUCAGUCACUCACUCACUCAUGCUGUCACUCACUCACUCAUGCUGUCAGUCACUCACUCACUCAUGCUGUCAGUCACUUACUCACUCAUGCUGUCACUCACUCACUCACUCAUGCUGUCAGUCACUCACUCACUCAUGCUGUCACUCACUCACUCACUCAUGCUGUCAGUCACUCACUCACUCACUCAUGCUGUCAGUCACUCACUCACUCACUCAUGCUGUCAGUCACUCACUCACUCACUCAUGCUGUCAGUCACUCACUCACUCACUCAUGCUGUCAGUCACUCACUCACUCAUGCCGUGGGUCACUCACUCACUCACUCAUGCUGCCAGUCACUCACUCACUCAUGCUGUCACUCACUCACUCACUCAUGCUCUCAGUCACUCACUGACUCAUGCUGUGGGUCACUCACUCACUCACUCAUGCUGUCAGUCACUCACUCACUCAUGCUGUCACUCACUCACUCACUCAUGCUGUCAGUCACUCACUCACUCAUGCUGUCAGUCAGUCACUCACUCAUGCUGUCAGUCACUCACUCACUCAUGCUGUCAGUCACUCAGUCACUCAUGCUGUCACUCACUCACUCAUGCUGUCAGUCACUCACUCACUCAUGCUGUCAGUCACUCACUCACUCAUGCAGUCACUCACUCACUCACUCACUCAUGCUGUCAGUCACUCACUCACUCACUCAUGCUGACAGUCACUCACUCACUCAUGCUGUCAGUCACUCACUCACUCAUGCUGUCACUCACUCACUCAUGCUGUCAGUCACGCACUCACUCAUGCUGUCAGUCACUCACUCACUCAUGCUGUGGGUCACUCACUCACUCACUCAUGCUGCCAGUCACUCACUCACUCAUGCUGUCACUCACUCACUCACUCACUCAUGCUCUCAGUCACUCACUCACUCAUGCUGUGGGUCACUCACUCACUCACUCAUGCUGUCAGUCACUCACACACUCAUGCUGUCACUCACUCACUCACUCAUGCUCUCAGUCACUCACUCACUCAUGCUGUCAGUCACUCACUCACUCAUGCUGUCAGUCACUCACUCACUCAUGCUGUCAGUCACUCACUCACUCAUGCUGUCACUCACUCACUCAUGCUGUCAGUCACUCACUCACUCAUGCUGUCAGUCACUCACUCACUCAUGCUGUCACUCACUCACUCACUCAUGCUGUCAGUCACUCACUCACUCACUCAUGCUGUCAGUCACUCACUCACUCAUGCUGUCACUCACUCACUCACUCAUGCUCUCAGUCACUCACUGAUUCAUGCUGUGGGUCACUCACUCACUCACUCAUGCUGUCACUCACUCACUCACUCAUGCUAUCAGUCACUCACUCACUCAUGCUGUCAGUCAGUCACUCACUCAUGCUGUCAGUCACUCACUCACUCAUGCUGUCAGUCACUCACUCACUCAUGCUGUCACUCACUCACUCAUGCUGUCAGUCACUCACUCACUCAUGCAGUCAGUCACUCACUCACUCAUGCAGUCACUCACUCACUCACUCAUGCUGUCAGUCAGUCACUCACUCACUCAUGCUGUCAGUCACUCACUCACUCACUCAUGCUGUCAGUCACUCACUCACUCAUGCUGUCACUCACUCACUCACUCAUGCUGUCAGUCAUGCACUCACUCAUGCUGUCAGUCACUCACUCACUCAUGCUGUGGGUCACUCACUCACUCACUCAUGCUGCCAGUCACUCACUCACUCAUGCUGUCACUCACUCACUCACUCAUGCUCUCAGUCACUCACUCACUCAUGCUGUGGGUCACUCACUCACUCACUCAUGCUGUCAGUCACUCACUCACUCAUGCUGUCACUCACUCACUCACUCAUGCUCUCAGUCACUCACUCACUCAUGCUGUUAGUCACUCACUCACUCAUGCUGUCAGUCACUCACUCACUCAUGCUGUCAGUCACUCACUCACUCAUGCUGUCACUCACUCACUCAUGCUGUCAGUCACUCACUCACUCAUGCUGUCAGUCACUUACUCACUCAUGCUGUCACUCACUCACUCACUCAUGCUGUCAGUCACUCACUCACUCAUGCUGUCAGUCACUCACUCACUCAUGCUGUCAGUCACUCACUCACUCACUCAUGCUGUCAGUCACUCACUCACUCACUCAUGCUGUCAGUCACUCACUCACUCAUGCCGUGGGUCACUCACUCACUCACUCAUGCUGCCAGUCACUCACUCACUCAUGCUGUCACUCACUCACUCACUCAUGCUCUCAGUCACUCACUGACUCAUGCUGUGGGUCACUCACUCACUCACUCAUGCUGUCAGUCACUCACUCACUCAUGCUGUCACUCACUCACUCACUCAUGCUGUCAGUCACUCACUCACUCAUGCUGUCAGUCAGUCACUCACUCAUGCUGUCAGUCACUCACUCACUCAUGCUGUCAGUCACUCAGUCACUCAUGCUGUCACUCACUCACUCAUGCUGUCAGUCACUCACUCACUCAUGCUGUCAGUCACUCACUCACUCAUGCAGUCACUCACUCACUCACUCACUCAUGCUGUCAGUCACUCACUCACUCACUCAUGCUGACAGUCACUCACUCACUCAUGCUGUCAGUCACUCACUCACUCAUGCUGUCACUCACUCACUCAUGCUGUCAGUCACGCACUCACUCAUGCUGUCAGUCACUCACUCACUCAUGCUGUGGGUCACUCACUCACUCACUCAUGCUGCCAGUCACUCACUCACUCAUGCUGUCACUCACUCACUCACUCACUCAUGCUCUCAGUCACUCACUCACUCAUGCUGUGGGUCACUCACUCACUCACUCAUGCUGUCAGUCACUCACACACUCAUGCUGUCACUCACUCACUCACUCAUGCUCUCAGUCACUCACUCACUCAUGCUGUCAGUCACUCACUCACUCAUGCUGUCAGUCACUCACUCACUCAUGCUGUCAGUCACUCACUCACUCAUGCUGUCACUCACUCACUCAUGCUGUCAGUCACUCACUCACUCAUGCUGUCAGUCACUCACUCACUCAUGCUGUCACUCACUCACUCACUCAUGCUGUCAGUCACUCACUCACUCACUCAUGCUGUCAGUCACUCACUCACUCACUCAUGCUGUCAGUCACUCACUCACUCACUCAUGCUGUCAGUCACUCACUCACUCACUCAUGCUGUCAGUCACUCACUCACUCAUGCUGUGGGUCACUCACUCACUCACUCAUGCUGCCAGUCACUCACUCACUCAUGCUGUCACUCACUCACUCACUCAUGCUGUCACUCACUCACUCACUCAUGCUAUCAGUCACUCACUCACUCAUGCUGUCAGUCACUCACUGACUCAUGCUGUGGGUCACUCACUCACUCACUCAUGCUGUCAGUCACUCACUCACUCAUGCUGUCACUCACUCACUCACUCAUGCUGUCAGUCACUCACUCACUCAUGCUGUCAGUCACUCACUCACUCAUGCUGUCACUCACUCAUGCUGUCAGUCACUCACUCACUCAUGCUGUCAGUCACUCACUCACUCAUGCAGUCACUCACUCACUCACUCAUGCUGUCAGUCACUCACUCACUCACUCAUGCUGUCAGUCACUCACUCACUCACUCAUGCUGUCAGUCACUCACUCACUCAUGCUGUCACUCACUCACUCACUCAUGCUGUCAGUCACGCACUCACUCAUGCUGUCAGUCACUCACUCACUCAUGCUGUGGGUCACUCACUCACUCACUCAUGCUGCCAGUCACUCACUCACUCAUGCUGUCACUCACUCACUCACUCAUGCUCUCAGUUACUCACUCACUCAUGCUGUGGGUCACUCACUCACUCACUCAUGCUGUGAGUCACUCACUCACUCAUGCUGUCACUCACUCACUCACUCACUCAUGCUGUCAGUCUCUCACUCACUCAUGCUGUGAGUCACUCAUUCACUCAUGCUGUCAGUCACUCACUCUCUCAUGUUGUCAGUCAGUCACUCACUCACUCAUGCUUCAGUCACUCACUCAUGCUGUCAGUCACUCACUCACUCAUGCUGUCAGUCACUCACUCACUCAUGCUGUCACUCACUCACUCAUGCUGUCAGUCACUCACUCACUCAUGCAGUCAGUCACUCACUCACUCAUGCAGUCACUCACUCACUCACUCAUGCUGUCAGUCAGUCACUCACUCACUCAUGCUGUCAGUCACUCACUCACUCACUCAUGCUGUCAGUCACUCACUCACUCAUGCUGUCACUCACUCACUCACUCAUGCUGUCAGUCAUGCACUCACUCAUGCUGUCAGUCACUCACUCACUCAUGCUGUGGGUCACUCACUCACUCACUCAUGCUGCCAGUCACUCACUCACUCAUGCUGUCACUCACUCACUCACUCAUGCUCUCAGUCACUCACUCACUCAUGCUGUGGGUCACUCACUCACUCACUCAUGCUGUCAGUCACUCACUCACUCAUGCUGUCACUCACUCACUCACUCAUGCUCUCAGUCACUCACUCACUCAUGCUGUUAGUCACUCACUCACUCAUGCUGUCAGUCACUCACUCACUCAUGCUGUCAGUCACUCACUCACUCAUGCUGUCACUCACUCACUCAUGCUGUCAGUCACUCACUCACUCAUGCUGUCAGUCACUUACUCACUCAUGCUGUCACUCACUCACUCACUCAUGCUGUCAGUCACUCACUCACUCAUGCUGUCACUCACUCACUCACUCAUGCUGUCAGUCACUCACUCACUCACUCAUGCUGUCAGUCACUCACUCACUCACUCAUGCUGUCAGUCACUCACUCACUCACUCAUGCUGUCAGUCACUCACUCACUCAUGCCGUGGGUCACUCACUCACUCACUCAUGCUGCCAGUCACUCACUCACUCAUGCUGUCACUCACUCACUCACUCAUGCUCUCAGUCACUCACUGACUCAUGCUGUGGGUCACUCACUCACUCACUCAUGCUGUCAGUCACUCACUCACUCAUGCUGUCACUCACUCACUCACUCAUGCUGUCAGUCACUCACUCACUCAUGCUGUCAGUCAGUCACUCACUCAUGCUGUCAGUCACUCACUCACUCAUGCUGUCAGUCACUCAGUCACUCAUGCUGUCACUCACUCACUCAUGCUGUCAGUCACUCACUCACUCAUGCUGUCAGUCACUCACUCACUCAUGCAGUCACUCACUCACUCACUCACUCAUGCUGUCAGUCACUCACUCACUCACUCAUGCUGACAGUCACUCACUCACUCAUGCUUCACUCACUCACUCAUGCUGUGGGUCACUCACUCACUCACUCAUGCUGCCAGUCACUCACUCACUCAUGCUGUCACUCACUCACUCACUCACUCAUGCUCUCAGUCACUCACUCACUCAUGCUGUGGGUCACUCACUCACUCACUCAUGCUGUCAGUCACUCACACACUCAUGCUGUCACUCACUCACUCACUCAUGCUCUCAGUCACUCACUCACUCAUGCUGUCAGUCACUCACUCACUCAUGCUGUCAGUCACUCACUCACUCAUGCUGUCAGUCACUCACUCACUCAUGCUGUCACUCACUCACUCAUGCUGUCAGUCACUCACUCACUCAUGCUGUCAGUCACUCACUCACUCAUGCUGUCACUCACUCACUCACUCAUGCUGUCAGUCACUCACUCACUCACUCAUGCUGUCAGUCACUCACUCACUCACUCAUGCUGUCAGUCACUCACUCACUCACUCAUGCUGUCAGUCACUCACUCACUCACUCAUGCUGUCAGUCACUCACUCACUCAUGCUGUGGGUCACUCACUCACUCACUCAUGCUGCCAGUCACUCACUCACUCAUGCUGUCACUCACUCACUCACUCAUGCUGUCACUCACUCACUCACUCAUGCUAUCAGUCACUCACUCACUCAUGCUGUCAGUCACUCACUGACUCAUGCUGUGGGUCACUCACUCACUCACUCAUGCUGUCAGUCACUCACUCACUCAUGCUGUCACUCACUCACUCACUCAUGCUGUCAGUCACUCACUCACUCAUGCUGUCAGUCACUCACUCACUCAUGCUGUCACUCACUCAUGCUGUCAGUCACUCACUCACUCAUGCUGUCAGUCACUCACUCACUCAUGCAGUCACUCACUCACUCACUCAUGCUGUCAGUCACUCACUCACUCACUCAUGCUGUCAGUCACUCACUCACUCACUCAUGCUGUCAGUCACUCACUCACUCAUGCUGUCACUCACUCACUCACUCAUGCUGUCAGUCACGCACUCACUCAUGCUGUCAGUCACUCACUCACUCAUGCUGUGGGUCACUCACUCACUCACUCAUGCUGCCAGUCACUCACUCACUCAUGCUGUCACUCACUCACUCACUCAUGCUCUCAGUUACUCACUCACUCAUGCUGUGGGUCACUCACUCACUCACUCAUGCUGUGAGUCACUCACUCACUCAUGCUGUCACUCACUCACUCACUCACUCAUGCUGUCAGUCACUCACUCACUCAUGCUGUCAGUCAGUCACUCACUCACUCACGCUGUGAGUUACUCACUCACUCAUGCUGUCAGUCACUCACUCACUCAUGCUGUCACUCACUCACUCACUCAUGCUGUCAGUCACUCACUCACUCAUGCUGUCAGUCACUCAAUCACUCAUGCUGUCAGUCACUCACUCACUCAUGCUGUCACUCACUCACUCACUCAUGCUGUCAGUCACUCACUCACUCAUGCUGUCAGUCACUCACUCACUCAUGCUGUCACUCACUCACUCACUCACUCAUGCUGUCAGUCACUCACUCACUCAUGCUGUCAGACACUCACUCACUCAUGCUGUCACUCACUCACUCACUCACUCAUGCUAUCAAUCACUCACUCACUCAUGCUCUCAGUCACUCACUCACUCAUGCUGUCAGUCACUCACUCACUCAUGCUGUGA